CCCCUGCCGCGUAUAGGUUUCGGCGUUUGCAGCGAGAAGAGAAAGCUGAGAUAGAGAAGCGAAGCGAAUUGAAUUUUAUUUUCAUUUGUUGUGCGUUCUGAAUCAUUCCCACAAACACAUUUUGUGUUUUUCCAGUUUUCGGCUGAAGUCUCUACGUUCCCUUAGUCUCGUUUCCUCAAAACCAUGGGCAAAGCUGUGGUCUCGGACGAAGAAGAUGAGGUUGGAUUCGAAGAUGAGGAGAGGGAACCUGUCGAUGGCGACCCAGUCGAUGACCGCGAAGUCGAGGACGAGGACGAGGACGAGGACGAGGAAGAUGAUGAUGGUCAGGAUGAGUAUGAGAAGGAUGGUUUUAUUGUAGAUGAUAUUGAUGAAGAGGAACCAGACGAAGAGGAAGAGAGGGUUGACAGUGAUGAGGAGAGACAGAAGAAGAAGAAAAGGAAGAAAAAAGAGGAAUAUCGACUUGAUGAAGAUGACUAUGAACUUUUGGAGGACAACAAUGUUAUAACCCGCAGGAAGGACAAAAAGUUCAAAAGGCUCAAGAAAGCUCAGCGGCAUCCAGGUGAGGAGCCCUCUGGUUUUUCUGAUGAGGAGGAGUUUGUUGGAAGUGGUAAAAGUGGACGAACUGCGGAGGAGAAGCUUAAACACAGCUUAUUCGGUGAUGAUGAAGGAGCUUUGCUUGAGGAUAUUGCUGAAGAGGAGGAGCAGGCAGAAGAGGAAGACGAUGGAGAAAUUGGUGAAGAGGAUGAAAUGGCAGAUUUUAUAGUGGAUGAAGAAAUUGAUGAAAAUGGAGCUCCUGUUAGACAGAGGAAGUUGAAGAGAAAGAAAUCUAGGCAGGCACCAGGAGUUUCGUCAUCUGCAUUGCAGGAAGCUCAUGAGAUAUUUGGUGAUGUUGAUGAAUUGUUACAGCUCAGAAAACAAGGAUUGGAUUCUAGUGAAUGGAGGGAAAGAAGACUUGAAGAUGAAUUUGAACCAAUUGUUCUUUCAGAGAAGUAUAUGACAGAGAAAGAUGACCAGAUUCGAGAGCUAGAUGUCCCAGAAAGAAUGCAGAUAGCAGAGGAAAGUACUGGUUCUCCUCCACUGGAUGAAAUUAGUGUAGAAGAUGAGAGCACCUGGAUCUAUAAUCAGCUUGCAUGUGGUUCGAUACCUUUGUUUGGCAAGAGAGGUUUGGGGAAUCCUAAAGAAGGGCAGGAUUUGUUGGUAAACAGGGAUGACAUCAUCAGAUUCUUGGACCUUCAUCAUGUGCAGAAGUUAGAUAUUCCAUUUAUUGCCAUGUAUCGGAAAGAGGAGUGCCUAAGCUUGUUGAAGGAUCCAGAAAAAUAUGAAGUGGAUGGCAAUCAGGAUAAGCCUGAGACAACACCUACUUUAAAGUGGCACAAGGUGCUGUGGGCAAUCCAAGACUUGGACAGAAAAUGGCUGCUCCUUCAGAAACGAAAAAUUGCUCUACAAUCGUACUACAAUAAGCGAUUUGAGGAGGAAUCUCGACGUAUUUAUGAUGAGACAAGACUUACUUUAAACCAACAACUUUUUGAAUCAAUUAUAAAAUCACUCAAGGCUGCAGAAUCAGAGAGAGAAGUUGAUGAUGUUGACUCCAAAUUUAACUUGCAUUUUCCGCCUGGUGAAGCUGGUGUAGAUGAAGGACAAUAUAAGAGGCCCAAGAGAAAAUCACUUUAUAGCAUCUGUAGUAAGGCUGGCCUGUGGGAAGUUGCAAGCAAAUUUGGGUACAGCUCUGAGCAAUUUGGUUUGCAGUUAUCGUUAGAAAAAAUGAGAAUGGAUGAGCUAGAAGAUGCUAAGGAAACGCCAGAGGAGAUGGCUUCAAACUUUACAUGUGCUAUGUUUGAGACACCUCAAGCUGUGCUCAAGGGAGCCAGACACAUGGCAGCAGUUGAGAUAAGCUGUGAACCAUGUGUCAGGAAAUAUGUGAGAAGCAACUAUUUGGAUAAUGUUGUUGUAUCAACGAGCCCAACACCUGAUGGGAAUGUUGCAAUUGAUUCUUUUCAUCAGUUUGCAGGGGUAAAGUGGUUGCGUGAAAAGCCAUUGACUAGAUUUGAGGAUGCACAGUGGCUUCUUAUCCAGAAAGCUGAAGAGGAGAAGCUUAUUCAAGUUACUAUUAAGCUGCCAGAAGAAAAACUAAAUAAGUUAAUAAGUGACUUCAAUGAGUACUAUCUUAGUGAUGGUGUCAGUAAGUCUGCUCAACUGUGGAAUGAGCAGCGGAAGUUAAUAUUGCAGGAUGCGCUCUUUGGUUUUCUUCUGCCUUCAAUGGAGAAAGAAGCAAGAUCCUUUUUGACUAGUAGAGCAAAAAACUGGUUACUGAUGGAAUAUGGGAAAGUUUUGUGGAAUAAAGUUUCUGUGGGACCAUAUCAGAGGAAGGAGAAUGAUAUUAACUCUGAUGAGGAAGCUGCACCUAGGGUUAUGGCUUGUUGUUGGGGUCCAGGAAAGCCAGCAACUACUUUUGUGAUGCUGGAUUCAUCUGGUGAGGUGCUAGAUGUGCUGUACACUGGGUCUCUUACUUUAAGAUCACAAAAUGUUACUGAUCAGCAGCGUAAGAAAAAUGAUCAAGAGCGGGUCUUGAAAUUUAUGACUGACCAUCAACCGCAUGUUGUUGUCUUAGGAGCUGUUAAUUUGGCCUGUACCCGUUUAAAAGAGGAUAUCUAUGAGAUAAUUUUUAAGAUGGUGGAGGAGAAUCCUAGAGAUGUUGGUCAUGAUAUGGAUGGCCUUAGCAUUGUAUAUGGGGAUGAAUCUUUGCCUCGUCUUUAUGAAAAUUCUCGGAUUUCUGCUGAUCAGCUGCCUGGCCAGUCAGGCAUUGUUAAGCGAGCUGUAGCUGUUGGGCGCUAUCUUCAAAAUCCUUUGGCAAUGGUUGCUACACUUUGUGGACCAGGAAGAGAGAUCUUAUCUUGGAAACUCGAUCCUUUAGAGAACUUUCUGACCCCAGAUGAAAAAUAUGGGAUGGUUGAACAGGUCUUGGUAGAUGUUACAAACCAGGUUGGCCUUGACAUAAAUCUGGCUAUCAGUCAUGAAUGGUUAUUUGCUCCUUUGCAAUUUAUUUCUGGGCUUGGACCCAGGAAGGCAGCAUCCCUGCAGAGGUCUUUGGUAAGAGCUGGAGCAAUAUUUACGAGAAAGGAAUUUGUUACUGCACAUGAUCUUGGUAAAAAGGUGUUUUUCAAUUCAGUUGGUUUUUUGCGUGUUCGACGGAGUGGGUUGGCUGCUAGCAGCAGCCAGUUUAUUGAUUUGUUGGAUGAUACAAGAAUACAUCCAGAAUCGUAUGGUCUUGCACAGGAGCUGGCUAAAGAUGUUUAUGACGAAGAUGCUGCCAAUGAUGAUGAGGAUGCACUGGAGAUGGCUAUAGAGCAUGUUAGAGAUCGGCCUAGUGUUUUGAAAACUCUUGCUGUUGACGAAUAUGCUAAAAGCAAGAAUCGUGAAAAUAAGAUGGAAACAUUUUAUGAUAUAAAGAGGGAAUUAAUGCAGGGCUUUCAGGAUUGGCGUAGACAAUAUGAAGAACCUAGUCAGGAUGAAGAAUUCUAUAUGAUUUCAGGUGAAACUGAAGAUACCCUUGCUGAAGGGAAAAUUGUGCAAGCCACAGUCCGCAGAGUUCAGGCUCAGAAGGCAAUCUGUGUUCUGGAUUCUGGAUUGACAGGGAUGCUUAUGAAAGAAGACUAUUCAGAUGAUUGGAGGGAUAUUUCUGAGUUAGCUGACAGGGUGAAUGAGGGUGACAUUCUCACCUGCAAGAUUAAAUCUAUUCAAAAGAACAGGUAUCAGGUGUUUCUAGUUUGUAGGGAGAGUGAAAUGAGAAACAAUCGAUACCAGAAUUUUCGAAAUCUUGAUCCGUACUACCAGGAAGACCGGAGUAGUGUACAAAGUGAGCAGGAAAAAUCUCGCAAAGAAAAGGAACUGGCAAAGAAGCAUUUCAAGCCAAGGAUGAUUGUUCAUCCCCGCUUCCAGAAUAUAACUGCAGAUGAAGCAAUGGAGUUCUUGUCCGAUAAGGAUCCUGGCGAAAGUAUCAUACGUCCAAGUUCUCGUGGGCCUUCAUUUUUGACUUUAACUCUCAAGGUUUAUGAUGGGGUUUAUGCUCAUAAAGACAUUGUUGAAGGUGGAAAGGAACACAAGGACAUUACAAGCUUACUUCGAAUUGGAAAGACAUUGAAAAUUGGUGAGGACACUUUUGAAGAUUUGGAUGAGGUGAUGGAUCGAUAUGUUGAUCCCCUGGUGGGUCACUUAAAAGCGAUGCUAAGUUAUCGCAAGUUCAGGAAGGGUACAAAAGCAGAAGUCGAUGAAGUCUUAAGAAUUGAGAAAGCAGAGUUUCCUAUGAGGAUAGUUUACUCUUUUGGCAUUUCUCAUGAACAUCCUGGAACUUUCAUUCUGACUUACAUACGCAGUACAAACCCGCAUCAUGAGUAUAUUGGUCUUUAUCCAAAAGGGUUCAAGUUUAGGAAAAGGAUGUUUGAGGACAUUGAUCGGCUUGUGGCAUAUUUUCAGCGGCAUAUUGAUGAUCCCCAACAUGAUUCAGCGCCGUCCAUCAGAUCAGUUGCUGCUAUGGUUCCAAUGCGAAGCCCUGCAGCUGGGGGCUCUUCAGGGGCAUCAGGAGGCAGUGGCUGGGGUGGUUCAACAAAUGAGGGUGGUUGGAGAGGUCAGUCUUUGGAUCGAGAUCGCUCAGGUACACCAGGUUCAAGAGCAGGUCGAAAUGAUUAUAGAAACAGUGGCAGUCGAGGUGGACGUGCCAGUGGGCUGCCUAGACCAUAUGGUGGACAUGGCCGUGGAAGAGGCUCAUAUAAUAGCAGUAAAGUUAGUAGCACUGGUAAUGAGAGGCAGGAUUCUGGUUUUGAUGCCCCCAGAUGGGAUUCAGUCAGCAAGGAUGGAAAUGAGGGUUGGAGCAAUUUCCCAGGUGCCAAGGUCCAAAAUUCUCCUGGGAGGGAGGCUUUUCCUGGUGGUUGGGGUGGAAGUGGAAGUGGCAGUGGUGGCAACAGUUGGGGCGGCGGUGGUACUACCGACAGUAAUGGCUGGGGUAAUGCUAGUGGUAGUGGUAGUGGUAGUGGUAGUGGUGGUAACGUUGGAGGUUGGGGUGGGGGUGCUGGUGUUGGUAAUGCUGACCCCAAAAGAAGUUCUACCGGGAAUGGUUGGUCAGGGAGUCGUGGUUGGUGAAUUUACAGCAAAAUCCAAUAUUUGUAGUGGAUGGUAAAGCCCCCAUAGGGGAUAGGUGAAUUUACUGCAAAACCAAACUCUUCUCGACUUUGUAGUGUUCUUAGGUCUCUCAUUUGUAACUGGCCCAGUGCUCUCCUUCUGUAUUUGUUGGGAAAAAAAUUUAUAAUAAUAGAAAUACCUGAUGUUCAGUUUUAUCAUUGUGUGGUGAUGCUCUGAUAUGCAAAUAUCACCUAUAUUACAAUUAUUAUUAUUAUUAGUAUGGAGAAAAAGGGUGGUCCAAACAAGUUGGCACAUUGCAUUCGAUCAGAGCUGCAUAUAGGCAUGUGAUCGCUUUAAAUCAGUUUAGUUUUUGCUUGGAUGGUCAAUCUAAGAGUGUAUGUUGAAUUUGUUAUUUAUGUAAAUCUAUAUAAAAUUAUUUAUUAAAUAUUAGAUAAUAUUUGUUUUAUGUUUAAUUUUGUCAAAGAAUUAGCAGAAUAAAUGAAAUAAGUUAAUAAUUUAGUAUUGGAAUAAAAAUUAAAUAAUAAUAAACGUUUAAAUUUGUAGACUUUUGUAUUUUAAUGAGCUUUUUGAGUACGAAUAGGCCUUUCUUAAGCAAGAAAUUUCGAAUUUUGAAGUUUAACCCUAAGCAUAUAAAGUUUCAGGGAAAAAAGAAGCAUAAUAAUAAUAAUAAAAAUGAAAAAAAAAGGGUGUCUUUUUAUCCCUCGAUCUAAAAAUAUAAAUAAACGUAAAAAGGAAAAGAAAUAUAUACAAAAAGGAAAAGAAAUAGAUACAAAUAAGUAGACCAAAAUGAAAUCCCAAAUUCCACUUCUCAGAGUCAGCCUCAGCCUAGGGUUUCAUCAAAUCUCUCUCCCAGGUCUGUAAAUUAGCGUAUGCGUGGAAUCCACCCGUUCCUCUUUCGAUCUGUCAAAG